ACCAACACAAAGGAGCGAAUUAUGGAGAAACUACUGCUGAGUCUACUUGGUCUGCAGACAGUAAUGGGGACGGGACACUGGUGUGAACACAGGACACAAGAAAGGGUGGAACAAGUCCUGUCCCCCCGCCUGCAGCUAGAGGUGAGGUGUUCAGAGGUGUAUCAGUACAACACCCAAGGAUGGAGGCUGGAUGUGGACAGGAUGCGAGUCAAACACGGGGGCGAUGAUGGUAUAGCUCUGUACUACAAACAGCAGGGCUCCGAGGCAUCCUGUUUCAUGUACAAACCGCCAGAGAUCCAGAGCCAGAUGCUGAACAAGACAGCGAGAGCAUGUUGUGAGGGCUGGGCUGGCCCGCGCUGCUCUGAGGCUGUGGGUGUGCGUGGUCAGUGCUACUCUACGUGGAACUGUGUGGAAUUCCCUGGAGUUCAUAAUUCCUCACUUAUGCCCAUGGAGCAGUGUUGCAGCACUCUGUGGGGACUGAGCUGGAGGAAUGCUUCAGACCACACAUGUUUGUCUUGCACUUACACUUUGCUUCCAGAUUCCCAAACCUCUCCUCUGAUGCGCUUUGGUCUGCCGGGUAGUGCCAGCGUUCCUCAGAGCUCAGCCACCUGCAUGUCCUGGGGUGGAGUCCACUACCGUACCUUUGACAGGAAGCACUUCCACUUCCAGGGCAGCUGUACUUACCUGCUGGCCUCAUCUACUGAUGGCACCUGGGCUGUCUACAUCAGUACAGUUUGUGAUGGGAGAGAAGACUGCAGUAAGGCACUAAGGAUGAUGCUGGGUCUUGACUUGGUUGCAGUACAUCGCAGGAAUUUAACCCUGAACAAUCUGCACAUUCCAAACGGACAGCCACUUUUUCAAAAUGGAGUAAGUGUGCAUUGGCUGGGAGACUUUGUGUUUGUGGAGAGUGGCCUGGGGGUCAGAGUAAAGUUUGAUUUGGUGAACACAGUAUACCUGACAGUGACCGCUGAGCACAUGGCAGCCACCAGGGGGUUAUGUGGAAUCUACAACAACAAUGCCGACGAUGAUUUCACCACAACGGGUGGAUCCGUGUCCCAGUAUGCUGCCAGCUUUGGCAACUCAUGGAAAGUUCCGGACCAACACAGCGAAGGCUGCAGUGAUGCAGCUGAGCUUGGUCACAGCUGUGACGUGACAGGAGACACUGCGCUACGUCAGGAGGCAGAGUCAGUGUGCCGCCGACUCUUGGAAAACCCCUUCACUCAUUGCCAUCCUCAGCUGGACCCAGCAGCCUACAUAGACACCUGUCUUUACCUGUUUUGCAGCCUGCCAGCCAAAGAGAGGGAGGGGGCAGUGUGUGACACCCUGGCUAGCUACGCCCGAGAGUGUGCCCAACAGCACAUCAUCUUAAUGUGGAGGACACCCACCCUGUGUGACCGUGUCUGUCCCAGAGGUCAGGUGUUUUCAGACUGCAUAUCAUCCUGUCCUCCCAGUUGUACUUCUCCACAGCCCCCCGCAGCCAUGGGCCAGUGCAGGGACGAGUGUGUUGGAGGAUGCGAGUGCCCUCCAGGCCUCUAUUUUCACCAGGGAAGGUGUCUGAAAAGAGAUGAUUGUCCUUGCUUUCAUCGCAGACGCACAUACCAGUCAGGGGACAAAAUACAACAGAGAUGCAACACCUGUGUGUGUAGCUCGGGUCAGUGGCAGUGUACUGGGGAGAAGUGUGCGGCAGAGUGCGCCCUGAUGGGCGGUUUACAGGUGACCACUUUUGACAAAAAGAGGUACUCACUGCAGGGAAGCGACUGCUCCUUCCUUGCUGUGGAGGACUUUGUUGACAGGAAGGUAGUUGUGAGUGUACGCUGUGGAGAAUGUACGGCAGGGGGAGGGGAAGGAGGAGGGGGGUGUCUAAAGGAGAUGUCAGUAACAGCUCUCCGGACCACAGUCACCAUCACAGACACCGGUUCAGUGACACUGAAUGGCCAGAAGGAAGCGGUGCCCUUGGUAACAGGGGAUCUAGCUGUGCUUAAGGCCUCCUCCUCAUUUCUGCUCAUCCAGAUGUUUGGAGCCCAGAUUCUGUGGUACCUAGAUGGACCCUUGGCGUUCAUCACCUUGCAGCCUGGCUUUGGAAACAAGGUGCACGGCCUGUGUGGAACACUGACCUGGAACCAGCGUGACGACUUUACCACCCCAGAAGGAGAUGUGGAGAACAGCGUGACAUCCUUUGUGGCGAAAUUCACAACAGCGCUCUGCACCCUGCCUGGAGGAGCUGCACCAGAGGCCUGCUCCACGUACACCCAGAGGCGGCAGUAUGCAGAGACUGUGUGUGCUGUCCUCCACAGCCCCAUCUUUCAGUUGUGUCACGACGUGGUGGAGAGGGAGCCAUAUUUCCGUCUCUGUCUGUCAGAGGUUUGCAGCUGUGUGCCGCAGGGAUCCUGUCACUGCACCGUCCUCACUGCCUAUGCCCGACACUGUGCUCAGGAAGGUGUUGUGGUCCAGUGGCGCAACCGCACCUUCUGCACAAUGCAGUGUUCAGGGGGUCAGGUGUACCAGGAGUGCGGUCGCACUUGUGGGAACUCAUGCUCAGAUUUGAGACACAGCUGGAGCUGUGAUGACAGUCGCAGUCAAAGCUUGUGUGUUCCAGGCUGCCAGUGCCCACCAGGGCUUGUGCAGGACCAGCAGGGUCAGUGUGUUCCCAUCUCUUUGUGCCCAUGCAUGCAAGGAGCAGUGAUGUAUUCACCUGGGGCCAUGGUUCAAAAUAGCUGCAACACCUGUGUGUGUGAGCAGGGAUUGUUUAACUGCACUCAAGAGCUCUGUGAGGAGGUGAACCAGUGCCCCGGCACUCUGGUCUACUCCCCACGCUCCUGCCUCCUCACCUGCUCGAGCCUGGACCCUCCUGGCCAACAGCAGGGCUCAAGCGUCAUGCAGUCAAGCUGCAGAGAGCCCCUGUCUGGCUGUGUGUGUCCACAGGGGACUGUCUUACUAGGCGACCGCUGUGUUCUGCCAGAUGAAUGUCCAUGUCACCACAAUGGUCGACUUUAUUACAGCAAUGACACCAUCACUAAGGACUGCAACACAUGUGUGUGCAAUGAGCGUCGCUGGCACUGUGGCCGCUCUGCCUGUGCUGGUGUAUGUGUGGCAACGGGGGACCCACACUAUGUGACGUUCGACGGUCGUUGCUACUCUUUCCUGGGUGACUGCCAGUACGUGUUAGCCAGGGAGACCAGCGGCUUAUUCAGCGUCACGGCGGAGAACGUGCCGUGUGGAAGCACGGGAGUCACCUGCACAAAAUCAGUCACCCUCAGUCUGGGAAACACGGUCAUACAUCUUCUAAGAGGUAAUGCUGUGACAGUAAAUGGGAUGCCAGUUAGCCUACCAAAGUCUUACAGUGGCAGUGGCCUAACUUUGGAAAAAGUUGGCCUGUUUGUGUCCCUCUCGUCACGUCUUGGAGUCACUUUGCUGUGGGAUGGAGGUAUGCGUGUGUAUGUGCGUUUGGCGGCCCAUCUUCGUGGUCGGGUCGGGGGCCUGUGUGGUAACUUUGAUGGGGACACAGAGAACGACUUCACAACACGGCAGGGAAUUGUGGAAUCGACAGCCGAGCUGUUUGGAAACUCUUGGAAGGUCAGCCCAUCCUGCCCUGACGUGGCAGACCAGGACCUCCGGGACCCCUGCGCUCUGAACCCCCACAGAGUGACAUGGGCCAGGAAAAAAUGUGCUGUGCUGACUCAGGGACUCUUCUCAAGGUGCCACCCUGAGGUGCCCUUUCAGCAGUAUUAUGACUGGUGUGUCUUUGAUGCUUGUGGCUGUGACUCAGGUGGAGACUGUGAGUGUCUCUGUACAGCCAUCGCUACCUACGCCGAAGAGUGUAACCGGCGAGGGGUCUACAUCCACUGGCGGUCCCAGGAGCUCUGUCCUCUGCAGUGUGACAACGGGCUGGUUUAUGAUCCCUGUGGUCCAGCUUGCUCGCGUUCAUGUCCAACCAUUCAGCAAAGUCCACAUUCCAGCUCCGAUGCUGUUUCCUGUGUGGAGGGCUGCUUCUGUCCUGCAGGCACUGUCCGACAUGGCGACAGCUGUGUAGCUCCCAGCCAGUGUCCGUGUGAGUGGGAUGGCUCCUUGUUUCCAGCUGGAGCUGCUGUCACUCAACACUGCCAGAACUGCUCCUGUGAGGAGGGUGUUUGGAAGUGUGAUGGUGUGGCUUGCCCUCCUCCCUCCCCUCCCUGUCUGGAGUCAGAGUUUACCUGUGCUGGGGGACGCUGCAUCCCCACCCAGUGGGUGUGUGACAAUGAAGACGACUGUGGUGACGGUUCAGAUGAGAUCUGUCCAUCCACCUACUGUGGUGUGGUUUGUGAUGAAGGGGAGUUCCUGUGUGCGGGGGGACGAUGUAUUCUGUACCUCCAUCGAUGCGAUGGCCACGAUGACUGUGGGGACCUCAGUGAUGAGAGAGGCUGUGUGUGCGCACCAGGAGAGUUUCAGUGUCGAGGAGACCAGUGCGUUCCCGCCGACAGAGUGUGUGAUGGAACCAAAGACUGUCCCUCUGGAAGCGAUGAGGCUGUUUGUCCAAGUAAAGUGACCUGUGCUCCGGACCAGUUUGCCUGUGGUGAUGGUACAUGUGUUGCCAUCACUAAGCUGUGUGAUGGAGCUACUGACUGUUCAGGAAGAGAGGACGAGAACAGAACCAACUGCUUCACCAGUACCACAACACCAUCACUCCUGCCUGUCACACCAACGUCUGCUUGCAGGUCUUAUGAGUUCAGCUGUGCCACUGUUGGGCAGUGUGUGCCUCAGGCCUGGCGCUGCGAUGGAGAAACAGAUUGUAUGGAUGGCAGUGAUGAGCAGCAAUGUGGCGCCCCGUGUGGCUCCGGCCAGGUGCCUUGUGUCAGUGGGGACCAGUGCGUGGAAUACCAGCAGCUCUGUGAUGGGACCCCACAUUGCAGGGAUACGUCAGAUGAGAGUAUCGACAACUGUGGCUCUACCCGGAUACCUCCCUGUUUAGGCAGCUUCCCAUGUGACAACCGCACCUGUGUGAACAUGUCACAGGUCUGCAAUGGUGUCCCAGACUGUCCACGGGGCGAAGAUGAGUUGGUGUGUGAUAAAACUGUCUCACCAGCACUUCCUGGCAGCAACACCACUGUCACCUGCUCUGAGUUCACCUGUAUGGAUGGAACCUGUGUGCCUUUUAACGUGGUGUGUAAUGGUGUUCCAGACUGCCCAGACUCCUCAUUAGGGUCGCUCGGAGACCCCACAGACGAGCAGGGCUGUAAAACCUGGAGCUCCUGGGGCCCUUGGAGUCCUUGCAGCACCACCUGUGGGACGGGCUUCAUGAGCCGGGAGAGAUCAUGCCCUCCAGGGGACCCGCUGCACCACUGCCGGGGUCAGGACAUCCAGAGGCAGGAGUGUUUCAAUACCACCUGUCCUGUUGAUGGUCGAUGGCUGCCGUGGGGGAGCUGGUCAAACUGUUCCAGUGGUUGUGGUGGAGUUCAGGUCAGAAACAGAGCAUGCACACCUCCUCUCUAUGGAGGACAGGACUGUUCCCAGCUCCCAGGACCAUCUAAUCUGUCCAUGGAGACCAAACCAUGUCUGAAUGAUGGAUGUGACAACACCAGCUGUCCCACAGGCUUGGUUAGACACAGCUGUGCUCCCUGCCCACUGUCCUGUGCCCACAUCAGCAGUGAGUCCACCUGUGAUCCCAGCGCACCCUGCUUCUCAGGAUGCUGGUGCCCAGAGGGGCAGGUGAUGAGCCACACACAGCAGUGUGUGUCACCAGAGGAGUGUGUGUGUGAGGUGGCGGGUGUGCGCUACUGGCCGGGCCAGCAGAUCAAAGUGGACUGUGAGGUUUGUGUGUGCGAGACAGGAAGGCCACAGAGGUGUCAGCCCAACCCUGACUGCUCCAUCCACUGUGGAUGGUCAUCAUGGUCUGAGUGGGGAGAGUGCUUGGGGCCGUGUGGUGUGCAGAGCGUUCAGUGGUCCUUCCGCAGCCCAAACAACCCCCCCAAACAUGGAGAUGGUAGGACGUGCAGAGGAAUUUACAGGAAGGCUCGCCGGUGUCAGACAGCCCCCUGUGAGGAGUGUGAGUAUCACGGUCAGUCCCACACAGUAGGCGACAGAUGGCGGUCAGACCAGUGUCAGCUAUGCCGCUGUCUUCCCAACCUCACAGUGCAGUGCUCCCCCUACUGUCCAUACGCUGCCACUGGCUGCCCUCAGGGCCAAAGUCUGGUGCCUGGAGAGGGAGACAGGUGUUGCUACUGCCAAGGUGAAAAUGACACAAUACUUACAACAAUUGGUCCUGUCACUGUGACCUCCAAGCCAGCACAGGUCACUACACCCCUGAUUCCCACAUACCCUCUUCCUCCUGGAGAGGAAUGCUGGUCUCCCCUGGGUGUCCAGUCUCUUCCUGCCUCAAGUUUCAGUGCCUCUUCACAGCAGGCCGGUCACCCCCCUGAUGCAGCUCGUCUGCAUGCGUGGGACCCUCACAGUGACCUCCAGGGCUGGAGUCCAGAACCAGAGGAGUAUAAGGACCUACCACAGCGGAGGCCUGACAGCUACACCGGCAACACACAGAGUCCCUACAUACAGAUAGACCUGCUAAAGCCAUACAACAUCACUGGUGUGUUGACCCAGGGUGGAGGUGUGUUUGGCACAUUUGUGUCCAGCUUCUUCCUCCAGUUCAGCCGGGAUGGAAAUCAGUGGUACACUCACAAGGAGCUGGUCACUGAUGCCCCACCCAGAGCCAAGGUUUUUCUCGGUAAUCACGAUGAUCGAGGAGUGACGGAGAGCAGACUGGACAGGAUCGUGUCGGCUCAGUUUGUCCGCCUCUUGCCCCAUGACUUCCAGAAUGGCAUCUAUCUUCGCCUUGAGAUCAUGGGCUGUGGCGAUGGUUCUCGCUGGUUAACAUCACCCAGUCCUCCCUCACCAGUCUCCCCAGCAGGUGGCUGCAGAGAGAAAGAGUUCCAAUGUGAGAACGGUCGCUGCGUGCCAGCAGGUCCUCUGGGCGUAGUCUGCGAUGGCGUCAAUGAUUGCGGGGACAGUUCGGACGAGACCCACUGUGGUACGCAGCCUUCCACUACAGCCACCAGUCCACGUAGCUGCCCUGCUGGUCAGUUCUCCUGCCCCCCACCAGGGGGCUGCAUUGAGGCAUGGAAGCGUUGUGAUGGAAAUCCCCACUGUCCCAGAGGAGAGGAUGAAAGUGGAUGCCACCCUCAUGACAACAUUACAGCCCAGCCGUACACACCCCCGCCUGCCCCGCUGAGGACUCCAUCUAUGGCUGCUGUCACACAUCCUGCUGACGGUGGCCCGGGAUAUCACGGUAUCUGCUCCUCUCCGCUUGGACUGGAGGAUGGGAGAAUCCAUUACGGUCAGCUCACCUCGUCCUCCCAUCGGGAGAACAACCCUGCCGAUGCCGGGCGGCUGAAUAUAGUCCCAAACAUCCAGGUGAUGGAGCCCGGUUGGAGCCCGUUACCUACAGACCCUCAGCCGUAUUUUCAGGUGGAUUUCUUGGAGCCCAUGUGGGUGUCAGGCGUGGUGACACAGGGCACUGAGCGAAUGUGGGGUUCCCUCACCAAAUACCGCCUGGCGUUUGCCCUGCACGGCAGCCUUUUCACAGACUUUACUGAGAAUGGGAAGCCCGAUGGCCCUGCUAAGGUGUUUGAGGUACGGAUGGUGGGCAGGACCCCCGUGACCCGCUGGCUCGGUCGGCUGGUCAGAGCUCGCUACGUGCGCAUCAUGCCUGCAGAGUACAGGCACACAUUUUACCUGCGCGUGGAGAUCCUCGGCUGCCGAGGAGAUGAGCUGGUGACCCCCAGCAGUGUGACAACAUCUCCCUCUGGUGGUGGGAAAGUGACAGUGCAGCGCUGUGAACCUGGUCAGUUUUUCUGCCAGCACAGUGACGAGUGCAUCUCUGUGUCUUUGCUCUGUGAUGGUCGACCAGACUGCAAGGAUCAUUCUGAUGAGAUCGGCUGUGGUACAGCUCCAACAAGAGGCUUUCCAGGUCUGCAAAACCAGACCAGCUCUACAGGGAGACCAGCUAUCCAUGGUGACCACACAACAGGUGCCCCAGGCCUACAUACCACCAGGUCUCAGGGCGGACUUCCUGGAGUGCCAACAUCAGGAGUCACAGAACCUACUCGAUCACAGAAGAUCACAACUGCUGGUCAUCCUGGGCUGCAUCUCAGCACGCGGUUCGACUCCGGUACGCCCGGUCUUCGAUCCACAAAAGCCCCAGUGAUCACCACCAGCCCGCGUGAUACCGGCUCACCCAGAGUGAUUUGCGUGCAGGGCCAGUUUGCGUGCGGAUCGUUUGGUUGUGUCGACUCAGCACAAGUGUGCGAUGGGAUACGGCACUGUUUGGACGGGUCAGACGAGCAGCACUGUGGCACCACAGCCAGGCCGGCGGUGACUCCGCAGCGGCCCACGGUGCCCAGCCCGUGCUCUCCCAAGCAGUUCUCCUGUGACAGUGGGGAGUGUGUUCACCUGGACCGCAGGUGUGAUCUGCAGAAGGACUGCGUAGAUGGAUCUGAUGAAAAAGACUGUGUGGACUGCGUCAUGUCCCCGUGGACAGCGUGGAGCGCCUGCAGUGUGUCAUGUGGUCUUGGCUCCUUGUUCCGGCAGAGGGACAUGUUAAGGGAAGCUCUGCCCGGAGGAGCUUGUAGCGGGGAUCCAUUUGACAGUCGAGCCUGCUUUCCUCAAGCGUGUCCAGUUAAUGGUCACUGGUCAGAGUGGACAGAGUGGUCGGAAUGUGACGCCCGCUGUGGAGGAGGAGUCAGGCAGAGGAACCGGACCUGCUCGGCGCCGCCCCCUAAGAACGGUGGAGGGGACUGCGAGGGGAUGACCAGGCAGAGCCAGAGCUGCAACAGCCAGCCCUGCACCAAAGACACGGACAUACAGACAGGUUGUGUCCUUGGCAUGGUGGUGGUAACAGAGGAAGACUGUCAGGCCGGGAGAGUCGAUCCCUGUCCUCCUACUUGCUCACAUCUCAGCCUGGACAGAAACUGCACUGCUGAGUGCAUUUCGGGCUGUCGUUGUCCCUACGGGCUGUACCUUCAACAGGGACGAUGUGUGAAUUCGAGCCAGUGCGUCUGUCACUGGGAUGGCCAAACACUGCAUCCGGGACAGGUGGUCCCCAGGGACCAGUGUACCACGUGUAAGUGCAGAGAUGGGCAAGUGACAUGUGACAGAUCCAGCUGUGUUGCAACCUGUCACUGGUCAGCCUGGUCGUCAUGGUCACCUUGUGAUGUAACCUGUGGUCUGGGGCUACAACAACGUUACAGGUCUCUUCCAGCAGGAGCAGUCAGAGGUCAGCCCUGUCCAGGAGACUCGUCUGAGGCUCAGAGCUGCUCCAGCACAUGCUUCCCUGCGCUACCAGGUGGGACAUGGAGUAAGUGGACCGGCUGGUCAGAGUGCAGUAAAACGUGUUUCAAUCACGUAGAUGAUGUGGGGGUGAGGCGACGAUUCCGCAGCUGCACGCCGUUUAACCACACGCAGCCCGCCUGCGAUGGAGACAGGGAGGAGCAGGAGCCGUGCAACACUGAGCACUGCCCGGUGCCCGGUGGCUGGUCAGCCUGGUCGGCCUGGUCUCAGUGUUCGUCCAGGUGUGACUCUGGUGUCCAGACAAGAGAGCGGUUGUGUAAUUCCCCCACACCACAGCAUGGAGGUAAAAGCUGUUCUGGGCCUCACAUUCAGACACGCGACUGCAACUCUCAGCCCUGCUCAGGCGUGUGUCCAGAGGGCAUGACGUAUAUGACGGUACGAGAGUGCGAGGCUCAAGGGGGCGCGUGUCCACGGGUGUGCUUGGACAUGACCUCCACAGAGGUACAGUGUGCCACCACCUGUUACGACGGCUGCUACUGCGCCCCAGGCUUCUACCUGCUCAACAGCAGCUGCGUGCCCCUGGCACAGUGCCCGUGUUACCACCAGGGGGAGAUGUACCCAGCUGGCGCCACCCUGCCUGUUGAUGCCUGUAAUAACUGCACAUGCACCGAUGGAGAAAUGCAGUGUGGGACAGCUCCCUGCCCCGUGGACUGUGGCUGGAGCAGCUGGACACAGUGGAGUGCCUGCAGCCGGACGUGUGACGUUGGUGUGAGGAGGAGGUAUCGUUCAGGAACCGAUCCUCCUCCUGCGUUCGGUGGUCGUCCCUGCAAAGGAGACAGGGUUGGGAUUGAUACCUGCAGCAUUGAGCCCUGCUUCGGUUUAAAGGAGCCGUGGAGUCCAUGGUCAGAGUGUUCAGUGACGUGUGGAGGAGGAUACAGGACUCGAACCCGCGGACCCAUACGGAUUCACGGCACCACGCAGCAGUUCAGCACCUGCAACCUGCAGCCUUGUGAUGAAGGGAAGAAGUGUCCUCCGGGCCAGGAGUGGAUGCAGUGUAUGAUGGGAGCAGUGUCGUGCAUGGACCUCACAUUGGAUCUCAGCAGGAACUGUACUCCGGGAUGCCGGUGUCCACAAGGGACUGUCCAGCAGGACGGUGUGUGUGUGAGCGAGUCUGACUGUCGCUGUGAUGUAGGCGGAGAGCAGUACAACCCGGGAGACACCGUGCCCUUAGACUGCAGUAACUGUACCUGUGAAGGAGGAAGGCUGGUGACCUGUUCCCGUUUUAGCUGCAAUGUUGAUGGCCAGUGGUCAGCAUGGACUCCCUGGGGUCAUUGUUCGGUGUCUUGUGGAGCAGGCCUUCAGUCUCGGUACCGGUUCUGCUCCAGCCCCCGGCCCUCUGGCAGUGGCCUGCCUUGUACGGGCCCUCACCAUGAGGACCAAGUCUGCAUCAUCGCCCCGUGUGACCGUGAUGGUGGCUGGGGUCAGUGGAGUCAUUGGACGGAGUGUACCAAGUCUUGUGGUGGGGGGGUCCGAAGCAGAAGGAGAAAUUGUGACAGUCCCAGUCCAGAGGGGGAAGGGAAUUACUGUGAGGGGCUGGGAAGUAAAGUCACAUCCUGUAACACCGAGCACUGUCCAGUGGCACCAUGUUCCCAGGUCCCAGGAACAGUGUUCAGCAGCUGUGGGCCAUCCUGCCCUCGCUCCUGUGAUGACCUUACUCACUGUGAGUGGCACUGUGAGCCAGGAUGCUACUGUACAGAGGGAAAAGUCAUGUCUGCUAAUGGGACCGUCUGUUUAGAGAAGGAAGAUUGUCCCUGCCUGGACCUUAACACCGGACGACGACUGGAACCUGGAGACACCAUUGAAGCCAUUGAUGGAUGCAACAACUGCACCUGCGAAGGUGGGAAAUUCAACUGUACUCGAAACCCUUGUCCAGUGUCAGGUGGCUGGUGUGAGUGGUCAGAGUGGACCCCCUGCUCCAGGACCUGUGGAGCAGAGUCGGUGACCCGAUACAGAAGCUGCAGCUGUCCUGAGCCAGAGGCCGGAGGAGAGCCGUGCUCUGGUGAGCAGGAACUGCACAGUGGGGUUGGAGUUCAGAUCCACAGGCAGCCCUGCCCUGUCGUUACUUUCUGUCCAGUUCAUGGCUCGUGGAGUCCCUGGUCCAUGUGGUCAGAGUGUGAUGGAUGCACAGGAUCGUCAACUCGGACCAGAGAGUGUAACAGUCCUCCUGCUAGAUUCGGCGGUCUGCCGUGUCUGGGAGAGGGGAGGCAGAGCCGCCCUUGCAGUGAAAAUCUCACCAUCUGCUCAGACUGUGGUGGAGGCCAGGAAGAAUGGCCUUGUGGGAAGCCCUGUCCUCGCUCCUGUUCAGAUCUCCAUGGUGACACAGAGUGCUUGGACUCCCCUGAGUGUAACGCGACCUGUGGUUGUCCUGGUGACACGGUGCUGCAGGACGGAGUGUGUGUGGUGAGACAGGAGUGUCGCUGCAAAUACCACGACAGCUCUGCUAAUGAUUCAAGCAAUGCAUCGUGGCUAUGGCCCGGUGGAUCUGAUUGGCUGUUUGCAAAUCCAGGAGAGAAAAUUAUCAGUGACUGCAAAAACUGCUCGUGUGAGGCUGGCGUUCUGCAGUGUCAGUCUGUCCCCGGCUGCCAUGUCGACGGUGGCUGGAGCCAAUGGGGAGCCUGGACUGAAUGCUCUCUUUCAUGUGGCGGUGGAGUCAAGUUCAGAAGGCGCCUGUGUGAUAAUCCGUCUCCGCAGAGUGGCGGAAGAGGCUGCCUGGGUGAUGCUGAGCAGCAGAGAGACUGCAACACGCACCUGUGCACAGAGUCAGUGGGCCCGUGGUUGCCGUGGUCUCAGUGGUCCGAGUGCUCGGUCAGCUGCGGUGGAGGGCAGCAGUACCGCUCUCGUCUCUGCAGCCUUCCAGCGUGCAGCGGUCGUCAGAGCAAGAUCUGCAACACCCACGUCUGCCUCGAGGUGGGCUGCCCUCCUGGCAGGCUGUACAGGGAGUGUGAACGAGGAGAAGGUUGUCCUUUCAGCUGCGCUCAGGUCAGCGGCAGGGAGGGAUGCUACGCUGACGGCUGCGAGGAAGGCUGCCACUGUCCCGUGCACACCUACCAGCACCGUGGACUCUGCUUGUCGGAGUGUCCAUGUCUGGUGGAUAAAGAGCUGCUGGCCUCUCUGCAGAGCGUCUCUGUGACACCAGUCGCAUCCCUGCUGUUUCAUAACAUCUCAGAGGAUAUGGAGCUCCAGUCUGGAGAUACGUUUGUCCAUGACUGCAGCGCCUGCGAGUGUGUGCAUGGCAGGUGGAACUGUUCUCUGGAGCACUGUGCUGUACACGGUGCUUUGUCUUCCUGGGGCCCCUGGAGCCCUUGCUCACUAUCCUGCGGUGGUUUGGGGCUCAAAACCCGCUCUAGAGGUUGCACACAGCCCGCCCCGGCCCGUGGAGGGAGAGACUGCCAGGCACGGAGGGAAACGACCUACUGCCAGGCCCCUGACUGUCCAGCUACUGUUGUUCCAACAGAAGAACCAGCCACACCGGAGGAGGACUCUGGGUUCUCUCCCUGGUCGCCGUGGAGUCCUUGCACAAAGACCUGCACCGACGCUCUCAGCCCGGCCCUGAAGUCCCGCCAUCGACAGUGUGUGACACCAGCCUGUUCUGGAAGCUCUCACCAAGAGAAGGCAUGCAACUUGCCCCAGUGUCCAGGCGAGGUGUGUGUAGAGGCCGAGUGUGUGCGAAGGAACUGUUCGUGGACCAAGUGGGCAGAGUGGAGCGCUUGCUCGCGGUCCUGCGGCGUGGGUCAGCAGCAGAGGAUCCGAACGUUCCUGAGCCCCGGAACAAACGGCUCGUGGUGCGAGGACAUCCUCGGAGGAAACGUGGAGCAUCGCUUCUGUAACAUCAAACCCUGCAGAGUUGAUGGAGGCUGGUCCCGGUGGAGUCCGUGGUCGCGCUGUGAUAAGCGUUGCGGCGGCGGACGCUCGAUACGCACUCGCUCCUGCUCUAGUCCUCCACCCAAAAAUGGUGGAAAGAAGUGUGCAGGAGAGAAGAACCAAGUGAAACCUUGCAACACCAAACCGUGCGAUGAUAGAGGGUGCCCACCAGGCCAAGAGUUUGUGAUGUGUGCCAGCCAGUGUCCACAGCGCUGCUCAGACCUCCAGCAGGGCAUAGAGUGCCAGACCAACAGCGAAUGUCAGCCUGGCUGCCGCUGCCCUCAAGGUCAGUUGCAGCAGGACGGGGUGUGUGUGCAGCUGUGGCAGUGUGACUGUGUGGACUCACUGGGGCAGAUUUGGGUGGCCGGCAGCACGCAUCAGGUGGACUGCAACAACUGCACCUGCUCUGACGGACAGCUGCUCUGCAGCAAUGACAGCUGCCAGGCCACCUGUGUUUGGAGCUCCUGGUCCAGCUGGGCUCCUUGCAGUGUUUCCUGUGGACAGGGCCAGAGAACCAGAUACAGACGCUCAGUGUGGGUGACACCUGGCUCCAAGGAGAAUCGACUUGUGGUCGGGGCACACAUGUUCGAACCCGCGCCUGCAUCAACCCCCACACGAAACAAUGGUUCUCACUGCAGCGGGCCAGAGAAAGAAACACAGGACUGUCAGACCCCUCCGUGCCUGGAUGACCUUUGCCCUUGGUCUCCUUGGUCACCGUGCUCCCAGACGUGCGCGGGGUCUGUAUCACGACACAGGGCGUGUGUGUGCGAGCAGGGAGGAGAUGCGGCGUGUCCCCCUGUCGAGGCUGAGAGGAACCGCGUGGAGACGCAGCUGUGCUACAAACAGCCCUGUCCAGGCUGUCCCAUGUCAGCGUGGAGCGUUUGGUCUCAGUGUUCCUGUGCGUCCCAGAGGCAGCAGCGUUACCGUGUAGCGCUCUCUUCACCCACCAGGGGCCAACAGUGCACUCCUGUGGAAACGCAGAGCCGGGCAUGCGGUCUCCAGCCGCUAAGUCUGCGAGCCCGUUUGUUACUCGUCGUGUGGCGCUCCUGUGAGAAGCAGUGUGAACUGCGUGGCCGUGAAGAUCUGUGUCUGGGUGUCAGCGAGUGCACCCUGGCUGUUACUGUCCACAGGGCCUGCUGCAGUAUAAUGGAGCUGUGUUCCCCAGAGAAUGUGGCUGCAUCCACUUGCAGCACCAAGCUCCAGGAGAUCCACCCACGCUGUCACCGUCCCACAGGGGCCACGGUCACCAUAGGCUGCAUCUUUGUCACGAUGGGAGUUUGCCAGUGCGACAUGAGAGAAUGUGAAGUCGUCCUCAGCGAGUGGUCGGGCUGGAACUCGGUGCUCUCCCUGGUGCUGCAGCACAACAGCUCGCAGAUGGUGUCGAUCCAGAGGCGCUUUUCGAGCCUGUUUGGACCUGGAUUCUGGUCUUCCAGUCUCUAA